CCUAAAUUGUGGCCGGGCUACUUUUAUGUGAGUACGACUCGAGUUAUGUGCAUGAUUUGGGCCAAUUUUAUGCCCGGCCAACACUAACCAACCUAUCAGCACUAAGACAGAUAAACCAAUAACAUGACACAGGAAAAACAUCUUUACCAGGGAAAAAAUUAAUAGUCUAGUGGAAAGGUAAAUCAUUUAGCUGAGCAUUUCUUUUUCAGGUGGACUGAAUCAAUGGCUUUAUUAUAUGGUGCAAGAACUGUAGUUCCUAUAGAUCUUAAGAAGAAGCCAUGGGAACAGGAACAUCCCCUUCACAACCGGUGGCACCCCGAUAUACCGGAUGUUGCAGAAGUGAAGGUUGGGGAGGUUUUCAGGGUAGAAAUGGUAGACUUCACUGGAGGUGGUAUCAAACAUGACUCCUCUGCUGAAGACAUCAAGCAUGCUGACCUUUCUGUGGUUCAUUACUUAAGUGGGCCAAUUAAAGUUUCGGAUGUAGAUGGAAUUCCGGCUAAACCAGGUGAUCUUCUCUCAGUGGAAAUAUGCAAUUUGGGUCCUCUGCCUGGGGAUGAAUGGGGAUAUACUGCAACUUUUGACAGAGAAAAUGGGGGUGGAUUUUUGACUGACCAUUUCCCUUCUGCUACUAAGGCUAUUUGGUAUUUUGAAGGGAUUUACGCGUACUCAACUCAUAUACCAGGAGUACGUUUCCCAGGUUUAACCCACCCUGGAAUAAUUGGGACUGCUCCUUCAAAGGAGCUCCUUGAUAUAUGGAACGAAAGGGAAAGCGAAGUUCAAGAAAACGGUUUGAAGUCUCUAAAGCUGUGUGAAGUUCUGCAUUCUAGACCACUAGCAAACUUGCCAUCACCCAAAGGCUGCCUAUUAGGGAAGAUAGAUAAAGGCACACCAGAAUGGGAAAGAAUUGCAAAAGAGGCAGCAAGAACAAUUCCAGGUAGAGAGAAUGGAGGAAAUUGCGACAUCAAAAAUCUUAGCAAAGGUUCAAAGAUUUACCUGCCAGUGUUUGUCGAAGGAGCUAAUCUUAGCACAGGUGAUAUGCACUUCUCUCAAGGGGAUGGUGAAGUCUCUUUCUGUGGCGCAAUUGAAAUGAGCGGCUUUCUUGAACUCAAGUGUGACAUUAUAAGAGGAGGAAUGAAGGAGUAUCUCACACCAAUGGGUCCAACUCCCCUGCAUGUAAACCCCAUCUUCGAGAUAGGACCAAUUGAACCAAGGUUCUCAGAAUGGUUGGUAUUCGAGGGCAUUAGUGUUGAUGAGAGUGGAAGGCAACACUACCUUGAUGCAAGUGUCGCUUAUAAGCGUGCAGUACUCAAUGCCAUUGAUUACCUCUCCAAAUUUGGUUACUCAAAGGAACAGGUCUAUCUCCUGCUAUCUUGCUGCCCUUGUGAAGGAAGAAUCUCUGGCAUAGUUGACUCCCCAAAUGCUGUUGCCACCCUUGCAAUACCAACAGCCAUCUUUGAUCAGGACAUUCGACCUAAAAGCAGAAGGAUUCCUGUCGGCCCAAGGUUAGUGAGGAAACCAGAUGUCUUGAAAUGCACUUAUGAUGGUAACUUGCCUAUUACAAGAAACCCAGCUGCUUCAACAUGACUAAUGCAAGCAGAAAACAUAACUACUCUUGAGCAGGCCCUUUUUCACAGUAGUUAUAGGAUGUUCAAAAGAAAUGAAUGGGCAAACUUGCACCAUUCAACUUCUUUUUUUUUACAAAAAUCUCAUACUCUCUCUAUGUUAUCAGUUUAAAAUAAACAUUUAGAAAGAAAGCUAAAUAAUUUCUUUUUGUGCAGCAAAAGGAUGGAAAUGCUACAUUGAUGCUAAUUCCAAAAAAGCAUGACCAAAUUUACUUGCACUAGCUUUUAAGAAUACAUUAAUCAUCCUAAAUUUGACAAGAUCAGAAGACGCAAAAUAAAUCUUCAACGUAUGUAUGCAUGAUGAUUGAUAAAUUAAAAUAAAUAAAAAGGGCUACGUAACAGCAGAGCUUCAGUAGUAUUUGGAAAGUGUCCUGUGGUGAAUGAGAGAAGGUAACUGAAUGCUAUAAGACCAUAAGCCAAUGAUCCAGCUCGCUCAGCUCCUGUUAUAAAAACUCGUCAACUACAAGGAGAGGAACGAGGAGUAGGAAUUUCAUGGUAUAGAAGCUUAGUGUAAUAGUGUUUGUAAGGAUACUCUUGAGUCUUGACCCUUGAGAGUGGAGAUAUAGAUUUGGGAAAUCAUUGGCACCUA